AUGGAGAUCAGUCAAGAGGAUCUCGCGUCCUUUCAUACGGCUUUAAAGAGCUCCAAACGCAUUCUCGCCCUCCUCGGAGCCGGCCUGAGCGCGUCUUCCGGGUUGCCCACGUUUCGUGGAGCCGGUGGAUUAUGGAGAACGCACGACUCUAUUUCGUUGGCGACGCCGGAAGCUUUUAACAAAAAUGCUGGCCUGGUGUGGCAGUUUUACAACUACCGGAGACACAUGGCCCUCCAAGCUCAGCCCAACCCUGCGCAUUAUGCCCUUGCCGAACUAGCGAGGAGGAUGCCAGGUUUCAUGACUCUUUCACAGAACGUCGACGGUCUGUCGCAACGUGCGAACCAUCCCAUGAAGCAGCUGCAGCUUCUCCACGGAACUCUGUUCGAACUACGUUGCGUAGAUCGUGCAGUGUGCCGAUACUCUGAAACGAACUUUACCGAUCCCGUCGUUCCAGCCCUCGAGAUCCCAACCUCAGACCUGGACCCGACAUCAAACGAAGCCAGGAAGGAGAAAGGUAACGACUUGGACAUAAGCGACGUCCAAAUUCCAUUGCCUGCCCUGAAGCGGGAGGAUCUUCCAACCUGUCCUAAGUGUAAGACCAACCUGCUCCGUCCGGGCGUUGUGUGGUUUGGUGAGAGCCUGCCUUUUCACGUCCUCGAAGCUGCGGAGGACUUCCUAAACCAUCCGAAUGACAUCGAUAUCAUGCUCGUCAUCGGCACCUCGGCUAAGGUAUAUCCGGCUGCCGGAUAUAUCGAGAAGGCUAGGGAGAGGGGUGCCAGAGUCUGUGUCAUCAACAUGGAUGAGACCGACCGCCCUGCCGGAGGUUGGAUGGACGGGAACUGGUUUUUCAGAGGUGACGCAGCGGUGUUGGUGCCGAAACUGUUGGAGCCAGUCAUCGGCGACAUAAAGGCGUCGGAGUAA